AUGGGGGCAAAGGACUGGGUGAGAGCGCUGUGUGUGAUGCAGUGGAUGUUCACCUUCCUCUGCCUCGGCCCUGCCUCCAUUCUGCUGCUGCUGCUGCUGCUCCGCACGCGGUUCUGGCUGCUGCCCUCCAUCUAUGGGGCCUGGUGGCUGUGGGACUGGGGCGGCGCCGAGAGGGGGCCGCGGCACUGGGAUUGGGUUCGGAACUGGCGGAUUUGGGACCAUUUCUGUGACUAUUUCCCCAUCCGGGUUAUCCGUUCUGCCCCACUCCCCCCCGGACGCAGUUACCUCUUUGCCGCUCACCCUCACGGCAUCGCCUGCAUUGGGGUCUUCGGUGCUUUCAUCACUGGGGGUCGGGGGGCCACGGGCACCCCAAAACCUUCCUUGGGGGACACGGAUAUGGGGGGGCCCUGUCCUGGCCUUCGCCCCACUCUGGCAGCUCUCACCGGGCUCUUCCAUCUCCCCUUCUACCGCGAAUACGCUCUGGCUGCGGGGUUGUGCCCUGUGAGCCAGCGCUGCCUGGACCGGGUGCUGGAGCGGAAGGAUCAGGCCCUGGUGAUCAUGGUUGGGGGCGCAGCCGAGGCCUUGGAGGGGACCCCGGGGAGUCACCGCGUCACCCUGAGCCAACGGAUGGGCUUCGUGAAGCUGGCGAUGCGCCACGGCACCCCCCUGGUGCCCGUCUAUGUUUUUGGGGAGCAGGAGACCUUCCGGCAGCCCCCCCUGACCGAGGGCUCGUGGCUGCGGCGGCUGCAGCGACGGCUCAAGGCGGUUUUGGGGUUCGCCCCCUGCUUCUUCUGGGGGAGGUGGGGGCUCCCCUUCCUGCCCUUCCCCGUACCCCUCACCGUGGUGGUUGGAGCCCCUCUGGAAGUGCCGCUCCGGCCCCGCCCCUCCCCCGCGGAGCUCUCGCGGUUCCAUUCGCUCCAUAUGGAGCGGUUACGGAACCUCUUCCGGGAGUAUCGGGAACGUUGUGGGGUCCCCCCCGGCACAGAGCUUCAAAUCCACUGA